AUGAGUCAGCGGAAAAAAACAGUAAAAGAGUCCAAGACGACGUCUACUAUCGCCCAAAGCAAGUCCGCCCCAAUACAAAACGAUGUUGACGUACCAGCUCCACCAACCGACACUUUGCACUUAAAAAUAAAGAGCCUUCGCACAUCAGACCAAGAACCUAAAAAUUUUGCCAUAAAAGUGACAUUCUUCGACCAGCUAUUAGUCCACGCCAUAAUCAAAUCUAUAGAAUCAAAAGAUGAGGAUCCAACUAAUUUUAUAGCAAACGGCUCUUUUGCCUACGAUCCCUCAGAUUACGAGAAAAUGUGCCUGUUUGCUGAUUAUCCCCUUGUCGAAAUACAAAAGAUGUGCAUAAGAAAACGUAUGGAGCCAAUGGUCCCGCCGGCAGCAAUGCAUGCGAAGAGCUGGGAUACUCUACCCCUUCUUACCAUAGAAAUGGUCUUAGAACGUGAUCCACUCAACAAUGCACACCACAGGAUGUUACAGGGUGCUAACUGGAUGAAAAUUACUCUCAUUGGCUCCUAUAACAUGUACAUACCAUUCGAACAGGACUACGUUUACAAUGCUGCCACAAAAACACCCUUAUACUGUGAAGCUAAGACUGGUCUGGUUACGUUCAGUCAAGGCUAUAAACCAGAACAAAGAUUUAAAUGUACGGAUUUCUACCCUAAAUGGGAAAACUUGAGAUGCGCUGGAGAAUUGUUUACACAGUGUGAUGUAAAGUUGCAAUAAAGUGUCGUUUGGGGCUCAUUUCAUCGCACUCUGUUGCUGGCGGAUGACGAGAAAUGGUUAUGGAAACAUCUCAGAGAUUACAAAUGGCCAUUGGAAAUUCAUAUUUACGGGGAAACCGGUGGCUACAGUUUUAUGGCGUUCAUGAAUUUGUUCCAACUCCUUUUUCCAGGAAAACACACAAUUUACAUUGCUGUGCCUUUAAAAUGGGUGAAUUCUAUGGCGAUGAUGGAGGAGUGUGCCUGUGAACUACUGCUUACGCCAAAUGAGAAACCUCCGAUUAUCGCUGACGUCACAACCGGGGUACAAACGCCGCCUGCUAAAACCGGUAAAAGCAGUAGAGCGCCAACUGAAUCGGUGGUAACAUCUAUAAGCAGUUUGACAGAAAAUCAAUACAGACCAACCGGGUAUGAUAGCAAUGACGCCUUUGUAUUAGUACAAGUUCAAUUAGGACGACCACUUAAAGCCAUUAUUAAGCCACGCAAGAUAUUGAAAGAAGAAAUAACAGCCAUGCUCACUGAAAUGGAAUUAGAAGUUCCCAAAAAUCGAAUUUGUACGGGACGUGGCCAAUCGGAAAAGGACUGGCAGAAAAUCAUACGAGCUGCAGCAAAUGCCUUACGAAAAGUACCAUAUUAUGGCAAGUCAUUUUCAUAA